UUCCUUUUUUUUUUUCCUUGGAUUGGUAGCUUUCGUUCACCAUUUCUUCUACUGGUUUGGCUCCAUUCCUUACAUCCGUCUUGUACUCAAUAUGCAGUCCUUGUUGAGAACUCGGCUAUAUUCAAUCAGUUUCAAGUAUCGUAGUUUUGCUACUAAUAAUGUGAUGCCUGCUUUACAGUCCGAGAUACGAAAAAAACUAAUGGAAUCCAUGAGAAACAAAGACAAGAAACAGAGCAGUACUAUAAAGCUAUUUUUAUCCGAAAUUGAAAUAGCCAACAAGUCCAAUCGUCCCGUGACGAAUGAUUCUGAGGUUAUUCGACUUUUGAAGAAAAGCAUCAAAAAGAAGAAGCAAGCUAUAGAACAAUUUCUCUCAGCAAACAGAACAGAUCUCUCCGAUAAGGAAAAGGUUGAAAUUGAAAUUUUGCAGAAAUUUCUUCCUCGCGAUUCAUAAGUAUUCAUCGAACAUUUGGUUAUCGAUCCUUAUUCUUGUAUAAAGUAGAUCCUGUCUUUCUCGAGCUUGCCACUUUAAAUUACUCAGGAAGCUUUAUAAUCUAACAAUUUCAGGAUGAGCUUGCUCUGUUGAGCUGACUUCUGUUGGAUUGAUGCAACCAAUGUGCAAAUCCUAUGAUAAGAAUGGUACAGACGUGCUUGGUAUACUUUCUUUUAUAAAUUCGUUUAUCAUAGAUUUACUAUAUACUUGCUUUAAAAUUGCUAGUCUAUGUCUUUUUUGACUUAUUAAAUAUACCUAUGACAUAGACGGUUGUCUCUUACGAAAACACAAGCACAGUCUAACAACUUCAAACAUAUUUAAGAAUUGAUUCGAAUAAGAAAUUCACCAUUAGUCAUAAAAGUUGAUAGCUCAUUAAUUACACAAAUAUGAAAUCGAGGCGAUUCUCGAGAUUGAAGCAA